AAAAUGGUGAGAUUUCAAAGCAUGCUUUACAGCUAUGUUUAUAUAAAUCUCAAGUCAAUCUGUGCUAUAGAUAUAAAGUAGCAAAGUUUACUGGGCUAAGCUAAACCUUGAAGACAAAAUAAUACGAAUAAAAUAUAUCUCUGAUGCCAUUUAUAAACACUUAUAUUAAAUGACUUGCUACAUAUGUCCGUGGGGGUCACUAACAACCCCAAUAGUUACAACUUAUUAACUCUGUAAAGAGAAAUAUGCACGAGUUCUGCAGCGGAAAUAUUGCUCGACUUUAGGAGCGCAAUUUUAUUCGACUAAAGAACGAGUGCAUAUUUCUGGAUGCAAACCUAAUAAUCUUUUCAUUACAUACAUAUCUACACAUAUGAAUAUUAUAUAAAUGUUGCAAUUUUAUUCAAUUACCUAAAUAAAAUUGAUAAUAUUGACGUAGUCUAGAUAGAUAAUUUAACGCAGUUUAAAUAAAUAAAGGGCAUGGAACAUUACAUUACGAUAAUUGUCUUUUUAUAAAGUUACAGCAGAAAUUAAAAAGGUAAAAAUAAAACUAUUUUAUCACAAAAAAUAUAAAUCCCUUUAUUUGUAUAUAAAACGUUAGACAGGCAACGAGAAAUAACAAUAAAACAUCUAUAUGCAUCAGGGGGACAAUGUUAAGAUAAAAAUAAAAAAAUACCUUGGUCUGCAGUAUAUCAUUCUUGACAUAUGAUACUUUUUUUGUAGUUGCAUACAGUUAUUUCCCUCUAUAUAAUUCCCACCAUUUACCUGUGAACGAUGCAUGAAUGAACAUACUGACAAAUUAUUCUACAUUGAAGAGGACUACUGUCUAAAGGGCCAGGUCGUCUGUGGAGUUCGUCUGCUGAUAAAUUGACAAGGUACUUCCGCCAAUAAUGUCAGCAGAUUCCAUUUCACCAGAAACUCGCAUCAUGGACAAACAGAACAUUGCUCCGAAAGAGUAUACCAGACGGUGGUUUAUGCUGCUGUUGUUUGCGGCGUAUUCCUUCAGCAAUAAUUACCAGUGGAUUCAUUUGAAUAUAAUUGGAAAUGUCAUCAUGAAAUAUUACAACGAGAGUCUCCCGGGAGAUACUUUCCAGCAAGAAUCAGCCAUUGAUUGGCUCUCUAUGAUUUACAUGUUAGUUUAUAUUCCUUUGAUAUUUCCGGCAACAUGGCUUCUAGACAAGAAAGGUCUUCGAUUGAAUAUGAUCUGUGGAGCGUUUCUGAACGCUUUAGGCGCUUGGAUUAAAUGUGCAUGUUUAGCACCAGACAGAUUUGCGGUCCUUAUGUUUGCUCAGACGCUAUGUGCCAUAGCGCAGAUCUUUAUACUAGGCAUUCCUGCUCGCCUUGCAGCUGUCUGGUUCGGACCCAACCAAGUCUCAACGGCAACUUCAAUUGGAGUCUUUGGAAAUCAGGUUGGAUGUGCAGCUGGUUUCCUUAUACCCCCAUUACUGGUUCCCAACAGCGAGUCUUUUUCUGAGAUCAGGCAAGGUUUAGGUAUAAUGUUCUACAUGUGGGCCGGCGUAACCACAGCCUUAUUUAUAAUAAUUGUUACUGUAUUUAAAGACAAGCCACCGAUACCGCCGAGCAAGGCACAGAUGCUCGCUGAACAGGGUUCUAACAAGGAGAAUUACUUCCGCUCACUAAAGAAUCUCUUUCAUAACCGCAAUUUCAUUUUAUUGUUGCUAACUUACGGUAUCAACACUGGAUGUUACUACGGUAUUGGGACGUUGCUGAACCCAAUCAUAUUGCACUACUUUCCAGGACAUGAACAGAAUGCCGGACAAAUAGGCCUUGUAUUAGUGUUGGCAGGAGUGGUCGGUUCUAUAGUGGCUGGUAUAUGGUUAGACAGGACUAAAUCAUUUAAACCAACCACUGUAGGUAUAUACUUCCUCUCCAUGGCCGGUAUGGUGGCUUUUACGUUUACAAUGGAUGUAGAUCUGAUCUGGGUGGUGUUCAUUACCUCAGCAGCUUUAGGGUUUUUUAUGACUGGUUAUCUGCCCGUUGGAUUCGAAUUUGCGGCUGAGAUCACGUAUCCAGAGUCAGAAGGAACAUCUUCCGGUCUUCUUAAUGCUUCCGCUCAGACAUUUGGUAUUAUAGUAACCAUAGGGAUGCGUGCACUAUUCAACCGAGUCAGCGUUUUAUCAGCCAAUAUAACUGUUUCAGUUGUCCUGUUGGUAGGGACAGUCAUAACAGCAUUUAUCAAAGCAGACUACAGACGUCAGGAAGCGGGUAAAAAGACUGCUGAAUAUCUGAAUGUUCAUGUUGAUGUGAAUAUGACAGAUAAAGACAAGGAAAACGAGGAAGAAAAUAUGAAAGAUUGAUAGCAAAGUUAUGUUUUUUGUUUUAUAAUUUUGUUACGGAUAUCGUUAUUUAUUGGAGAUUGUAGUAGAUGAUUGAUCCACCUUUACCAUAACAGAGGCUUUUACUUGAUUUGUCUUUAAAUAUAGAAGACAAUUCUAUUCAUGUUAUACAUCAUUCCGAGUAAUUCCGAGGGCGGUUAUAUAUAGGAACGUUUUUAAAAGUUCCAAAUGUCGUGGUUACAUUUAUAUUUAUCAGAGGAAUGUAAUAAACAUAUACGUUCAUUUUGUAAAGCUAAAAUAUAACUUCAGACAAAAUUUCACUCUUCCCUACUACAAAACUCUGUUGUUGAUUGAAUCCUAUAUGUGGUUGCAUUUGAAUUAGUACCACGUCUAGAUGUGCAUAUUCCAUGUUGUUUUGGCCACAAAACUCAAACGAACGCCUUUUCGUGAACCACCCAAGACAUUAUCUACUGGUUAAGUUGUCGGGUGGUAAUUUUUUUUAUACUCUUAAUGCUACAAACAUGCUUCAAACAUAUCAGUGAAACUUGUAGAAAUGACAGUAAAUCUUUUAAAAGUCACAUCUUUAUUGCAAAAGUCUGUUUUCUGAUGUAUUUGACGCACAUGUAAAAACGAAGUUAUUCGCUGGACACCUUAACCAUUGAUAAAGUUUGCAGCAUCUCGGUCUAGAUGGAUUACGUGCAAACUGCGUUUGCAGCAUUCUUCAACGGACCAUACUGAAGAACUGUAAGUGGGUGUCAGCAAGAGAAUAGAACAUACAUUUGGAAAAUUAUUUCGUAAACAUUUUGAUGAAUUUUUACGCACUAUAGUCUUUAGCCUUUAGCUUGUUUGACCUCAUAACGCUUGUUCAAAUGGUUACUGCUUGACCGUGCCUAGGUGUGCUAAAGUUAAAAAUCCUUUAAUCAUACUUAUUGAUGAUGUUCAUCGAAAUUGAUCGUAUUCAAAUGUGUACGCUUUUCUGUCAUACUAGGGGACACCGGAGCUAAUAUGUAUACAGUCAAGCUUUGUUCGCCCGAACUAAAAAAAAAACAACCAAAAAAAAACCAAAAAAAAAAAAACCAAACAACUCGAAAAGGUGUGAUUUACGCUAUAAUGUAGUCAUCGGGACCAGAGAUGCGGUUCGAGCCAUCAGUGUUGGAGCGAUCAGCGGUAGAACAAUAUGCCUUAUGUAGAGAUUUUGUCGGGACCAGACAAUAAGUUCGAGCGAAUGGAGGUAUUCGAGCGAUCCAAGUUCGAGCGAACUUAGUCAGACUGUAUAUAUAAACUUUAAAAGACUGCUUCUGCUUAACUUGACCAGAGGCCUCUCAAAGAUAGGUUCCUGUAACUAUAAAAGCGGUUGCAGGAACUAAAAUCAGAAAGAAGACUGCUCUGCGGCGAGUCGCCACAGUUGGUCAGAAGUGUCAUUGUAGGGAGCAUAUUCAAGUGUAUUUUAAAUGAAUUCGCCUGUUUGCUUUUCUGUAUCAUAUUUCAGACUUUGAAAUUUUCAGGCAAAUUAUGUAACGCACUCAUUACCCUUGAUGACCGAAGUUAUCAGAUUCAAAACAAAUAUAUUCAAAUGUAAAUGGUCCAAAUCAGGUGAGCAACUAAUGACCGUCAUUGCUUUUUUGUUGCAAAUAACCAUGCAUAUGCUUACAAAUAAAUGAAUCUGUGAAUUCA